AUGUUUUGUCGAAAAACAGUAAUUUUCCAGCCAGUUCCUUACGAAUCCGGCAUUGUGGAUGGUGGUUUGACGCCUGGCAAAUCACUGCAUAUUACUGGAAUUCCUGACAAACGUGGAAAGCGAUUCAACAUCAAUUUAGUGAAGAAGAAUGGUGACAUAGCCUUGCAUUUCAAUCCAAGAUUUGAUGAAAAAGUUGUGGUGCGAAAUUCGAUGUUCAACGGUGCUUGGGGUAAAGAGGAGCGAGAAGGUAAAAUUCCGUUCGCAAAAGACAGGAUGUUCGACCUGCAGCUGCAAAACGAAGAAUACGCACUCCAAAUAUUUGUUAAUGGUGAGCGAUUCUCGACAUUUGCGCAUCGAUCGGAGCCUGAUGAUUUAGUAGGAGUGCAAAUCCAGGGUGAUGUGGAAAUAAGUGGAAUACAGAUUCAAUGA